ACUAUUUUUUAUCCUCCCUCUCCUCUCCAUCCUGCAGUCCUUCUUCAGCGCAUUGUGGGGUACCAGCUUCUAAUUUAUGAGAUGCUGCGAUGAAGAAGAAGAAGACUUAUGAGGUAUUGAGAUUGAGAUUGAGAUGGCGUCGCAGCAGCAGCAGCGGAGGAGGAGUGUCGAUGGAGGACACGCACGCACAGCCAAUUAUUCCUUCGAUGACGACUUAUGUCUUAACAUUUGAUUAAUUCCUUGGGCUUUUCCAACGAAUGCGACCCCUUCCCUUUUCCCUGCCUCUCCUCCUCUCGACUGCUGUUUUUCCCGAUAAUUGUCGAAUCGGGUUAGGUGCCGCUGCUUUCCAUUCUAAUAGUUCCAUCUCCGGUUAUUUGCAGUUAAGAUUCAAGCAGCAGGCAGCAACACGAAUCAAUCAUACAAUCCGGGGGUUCCUCUCUGUUCUGUUCUGUGCUGAUCGAACACAUUUUUGAAGCGGUCCUUGCUCUGUUUGCCAUUUUCGUUACUUUGGUGAAGGUUCAAGUAAAAUGGGAUCACAUGUCAAGUUAACCACUCUCAAACUUCUUAUUCCUGAAGAUUCUAAGUUACAGUUACUCGGCAACUUGUUGACCUCUUCCCACCUGCAUCGCUCACUUGCUGUCCACAAAUCCAAGAGGAUGACAGGGUCUCUUAGAAGUGCUGCUGAUGAUAGUAGGCUAAAUUCUAUCCCCUCUAAUGACCCCGGUGGCGGAACUCGUCUUAUCAAGACUAUCCAAGCUAUUCGAUUGAAGAUACUAGCAAGGUCGAAGAAGUUGAUGAAAAACCUGCCUGUUAAAUUGUUCUCUUUUUUAGUUGGUUUCUAUUGUGCCACUGCUUUUGCCACUCUGAUUGGGCAAACAGGCGAUUGGGAUGUGCUUUCUGCUGCUGUGACUGUGUUUGUGGUCGAGGGAAUUGGGGCCCUUAUGUACAAAUCCUCACUUCCUUUAGUGGACAAUAUAAGGAACUUAAUUGUCGUCUUCAAUUAUUGGAAAACUGGGCUGUCCCUUGGACUUUUUCUGGAUUCCUUCAAGUAUUGAAAAUGGGACUUACAACCUGUUUAAGUUGCAUAUUCCUGAAGACAACAUAAAGCCUGCACAUCUUGGAGAAACAUACAUGCCGGGAAAUGUUUUCUAGGCGCAGACACUGUUGGUGUGGUUCAUUUAACAUGCUCAAUGGCCUUCAGCUUCAGGUUUGCUUAAUUCUUUCAUCCCAGAGGUUCUUUUAUUUAUUUGUUUGUUUUUAGUUGAGGUGGAGGCAUGGUGUGAGUCAAUAAUUGUGUAAAGAAGAAUUUUUUUGAAGUAUAUAUAAGUAUACUGAACAUUCCUUCAACAGAUAAUUACUCUUCACAUUAACAAAAUGCCAUUGCCUUUGAGCUUCUACAGGUUUCUUUGUCUUAUUUUCCAGGGCCAGACAUUGGAAGGAUCAAUUCAAUGAAGAUUUUUGAACACCCAUUUGUAUAUUUUUCUUAAUAUGAGGGAGUUGUGUGAUAAACUCAAGAGCCAAAUAUAGAAAGAUGCAUGCCUUGCACAACUCUAAGGCUAAUUUCUGUUCCAUUGAAUACUAUUAGAAGGAAUGGAAGGAACUGAUACGGUAGCCGGAAUUAUAAGCACUUGUUAAAUGUAUGGCAUUGGGAAUGCUGAAGGAGCUAUGAUGGUUAACUUAGGAACACGUGGGUGUUAACGAUGUGUGUAUGUGUGAUAUCCCUUGUUCUUCUAGAUGUUGUGGUAGUGGACAAGCUUGUCUGGAUAUUGAUUAAAUGGUUGAAGGAAUGGAAUAACUAAGAGAUAUUCAGUCAGCAUUAAGUAUCAUUCAUCGUUGUACUAUAAAUUAUUGAAAAAGAUGACCUGGCCAUCUUCAUCUCUUUUGCUGCCCUUUGUACAUGCUUUGCUUUCAAUCUGCUGGUGCUAUCUGUUAUGAAUUCGAAGCUUCUGUCUCUUUACAGUAACAAGUAGCUGCGAAAUAUGAAGUGAUGGCUAACAUUCUUUUGGAAUUCAGACAACAUGGGAAGGAAAAACAUAAUGCACGGAGCGAACACAGUUCUUAGAAUGGUUUUGAGUGGUGAGGCUGAGAUAGAAAUGAUUGGAAGGCAUGUAGAAUAAGUAGCUCAUCAUGUCAUGGUCAUUUUACUGGUACUUGUGGAAAGAAGAGAAUGUAUGUAUGAACAUGCCAUUUGCAACGAAAAACAUAAGAUCUUCGCAGGAUGACCCGGAAGGGGUGAAGAAGCCAAUACCUACUCCUCGUUUGAAUGGAAGAGGGCAAGCCAAGGCAGAUAGCAUAAUAUACGUAAUCGGAUGGCUGUGGAUGCUUUACUCUGGUGAUGCACUUGUGUCUAUAUCUGGUGAUGUAAUUGGAUGCUGCUAGAUUGAUUAAUUGUUUUGUUUGUAUUUUUACACGCCACAUCAUUCACUUAUUAUGUGAAGAUAGAUAUAUAGGUUUGAAAGAUGAAACUUGCCUGGGAAUUGGUAAGUUCAUCAUGCUUUCCUGGUACUUUUAAACGACAGACCAUGUGUGUCGGGUAAGACCUGUAGGCAUCAGAAGUUUGAACUCGUGAUCCAUUCCCGUAAUACUACGUAUCUUUACCGGACUUCUGUUUGGGUAUUUGAACA